AUGUUUGGCGGGAGUUCCAACUCUCCGGGAUCAAAGACAGACAGCGAAUCGAAAGCUGAAGCAAAGCCCCCUUCGCCUGGCUCAAGUCCCAACGCCAAUCCCCCGGCUCCCAUCACGACGGCUACUAACCCGCCCGCCAGCGGAGAGAAACGCAGUGGGAAUGGCAGCCCUCCUGGACGCAAUGAUACUGGAGGCUCUACAGACAAGAAGCGCAGGAGUAGCGGCGUCGGGAGCAAGGCAAGCAGCUUUCUUGCCUCGGCGAAAAACACCUUGAACUUCUCCCAGGUUGGUCGCGGCAACUCUGACCUGAGCGCUCAGACGCCACUGCAAAAGCUGGGUAAGCAAGAUCCAGCUUUGGCGGUUCCCCAAGGACAACAUAACAAUUCGGCGGGUGAAUCGGUCCCUGGCCCCAAGUCUACAUUUCGCGUCGGUGUUUGGGAAGAUAGGAAUAAAAAAUGUCGUCGCACUAUGGAAGACACCCACGCCUUCUUGUACAACUUCUUAGCUACGCCUCCGCCUUCUAGCGAUGCCUCUUCUAAGAACAAGUCCGAAAAGAAUGCUUCUGAAGGUUCUGGUAAAGAGAUGGUGGAAUCUGAUAAUGGAUACUUUGCAAUCUUUGAUGGCCAUGCUGGUACUUUCGCCGCAGACUGGUGUGGUAAGAAGCUGCAUCUGAUUCUCGAAGACAUCAUCAGGAAGAACCCGAACACCGCUAUACCGGAACUGUUGGAUCAGACUUUCACUACAGUGGACACGCAGCUGGAAAAGCUUCCUUUGAAAAAUAGUGGCUGUACGGCCGCCAUUGCUGUCUUGCGAUGGGAAGACCGCAUCGUCAAUGACAAACCUGCUCCGGGGGCGGCGAAAGCAACACCCAAAACGAACGAGACGAACCACCCCGACAAGGACAAGCCGUCCGGGUCACCUCGCGGCCGCACAGCGUCCGCAUCUUCCGCGGACGUUCAACAGAAGCCCAAGGGAACCACUUCACGGCAACGUAUCCUCUACACGGCCAAUGUCGGUGACGCGCGCAUCAUUCUGUGUCGUGGUGGCAGGGCGUUGCGUCUGUCAUAUGACCACAAAGGAAGUGACGAGAACGAAGGCAAGCGAAUUGCGAAUGCCGGCGGAUUGAUCUUGAAUAAUCGCGUCAACGGCGUUCUUGCAGUGACCCGUGCACUAGGUGACGCAUAUAUGAAGGAAUUGGUCACUGGUCAUCCAUAUACUACGGAGACCGUUAUACAGCCUGAUGUUGACGAAUUCAUCAUCAUUGCAUGCGAUGGGCUGUGGGAUGUUUGCACCGACCAAGACGCUGUCGAUCUAGUUCGGGAGGUUCAAGAUCCAAUUACUGCGUCAAAGCAGCUGGUUGACCAUGCCUUGAGUAGAUUCAGCACGGACAAUUUGUCGUGUAUGAUUGUCCGUUUGGACAAGACCACCACGACAGCCCAAGGCCAGAGUACAACUGAAAGCGAGGCCGAAUCGGACCACAGCGCGGCAGCCAAGGUUAGCGAAGCCGAGAAGAUCGUGCUGGAUACCAAGCAGAAAAUCGCCGAAGGCACCGCACCUGCAGUUGGAGUGUCUGCCAGCAACAGCGGCCGGGGAUAUGACACGAUACCCACAGAAGGGGGUGAAUUCGUUGUCACUACACUCAGAGAUCCUGUAGAGGAGGAGACAGAGAGCGCAGUCGCCGACGAUGAUAGUCCUGAAAUGUCAGUGACAGGCACGGUCCAUUCAGAAACAGUAGACGCAGCGGCCAAAGCUGAGGAGGAGCCCAAGAAGUGA